AUGCCAGAUCCUUUCGUGAAAGGUGAAAUCCGUGAGAAAGUCAUGCUGAGCGUCUGGUGGGGAGUUCAUAGAUGCUACCGUUUCGAACUGCUGCCGGUCAACACGACAGUUACUGCCGAGGUCUACUGCGCUCAACUGCAAAGACUGCCUGACAAGAUCCGCAAGGAGCACCCGGAGCUCGACAACGUUCGCCUCCUGCACGAUAACGCGCACCCUCACAUCGCGAAGAAGACUUCCCAGAAAACUCUUGAGCUCGGAUGGGAAGUUCUACCGCACCCACCGUACAGCCCGGACCUGGCCCUGAACGACUACCACCUCUUCCGAUCGCUUCAGCAUCACCUGGAAGAGAAGCGCUACGAUGAUCGUAACCACCUCGAAAAUGACCAUCGGGCUUACUUUGCUCCAAGUCGCUGGAAUUUGCCUAAGUAA